AUGGAGAUGCCCGGCACACCACCGGGGCACAAUGCGGAGAACAGGGCACACCACCGGGGCACAAUGCGGAGAACAGGGCACACCACCGGGGCACAAUGCGGAGAACAGGGCACACCACCGGGGCACAAUGCGGAAAACAGGGCACACCACCGGGGCACAAUGAAGAUGCCCGGCACACCACCGGGGCACAAUGAAGAUGCCCGGCACACCACCGGGGCACAAUGCGGAGGACAGGGCACACCACCGGGGCACAAUGCGGAGAAAAGGGCACAUCACCGGGGCACUUUGCGGAGAACAGGGCACACCACCGGGGCACAAUGGAGAUGCCCGGCACACCACCGGGGCACAAUGCGGAGGACAGGGCACACCACCGGGGCACAAUGCGGAGAAAAGGGCACAUCACCGGGGCACUUUGCGGAGAACAGGGCACACCACCGGGGCACAAUGGAGAUGCCCGGCACACAAACGGGGCACAAUGCGGGGAACAGGGCACACCAUGGGGGAAAAUGCGGAGAACAGGGCACAUCACCGGGGCACAAUGCGGAGAACAGGGCACAUCACCGGGGCACAAUGGAGAUGCCCGGCACACCACCGGGGCACAAUGCGGGGAACAGGGCACACCACCGGGGCACAAUGCGGAGAACAGGGCACAUCACCGGGGCACUUUGCGGAGAACAGGGCACACCACCGGGGCACAAUGGAGAUGCCCGGCACACAAACGGGGCACAAUGCGGGGAAAAGGGCACACCAUGGGGGAAAAUGCGGAGAACAGGGCACAUCACCGGGGCACAAUGCGGAGAACAGGGCACAUCACCGGGGCACAAUGGAGAUGCCCGGCACACAAACGGGGCACAAUGCGGGGAACAGGGCACACCACCGGGGCACAAUGCGGAGAACAGGGCACAUCACCGGGGCACAAUGGAGAUGCCCGGCACACAAACGGGACACAAUGGAGAUGCCCGGCACACUACCAGGGUACAAUGCGGAGAAUAG